CAAAACACACCAGGCAGAUGGGAAGGGGGAGCAACAGAGGCCCUUUUCUGCAGCUCCUCCCUGGAUUGAUCUAAGGGAUUUAUUUUUUUUAAUCUAUCGAUCUAGGUCUGUUGGAUUUGCCUUCUCUCUUUGCUGAUACAUAUUUUGCAAGCCGCGAAGACCCUUUCCGUCUCCACUUUGCUGAUCUUUUGGAAAUCACAAGAGAGAAAUCUAAACACACACACGCACACAAAGGGAUUAACAGUUAGAAAGAAAAAGCAAACAGCAGCAGCGAUGGAGGGAAAACCAACUGGUUUUGCAAAAAGUCGCAGCAUGAAACAGCCAGCAUGCGCAUAAUGAGAAGAAACACUAGGAUUCUUUAGUGCUUCACACCACAAGUUUCUGGGGAUAUAUAAAUAUAUAAAAGGAAAAACGCCACCCCUCCUGGCUUCUUCUGCAAUGUCUGGAUCUACUCAACCUGUGGCGCAGACCUGGCGAGGGACUGAACCCCGUUACCCUCCUCACGCCAUGUCCUAUCCAGUGGCAAUAAGUCAACAGCAUGUGGAUGUGGGGCUAUUGGAAUACCAGCACCAUCCCAGAGACUACCCUUCCCACCUACCUCCUGGGUCUAUCUUGCAGCCGCAGCGAAGGAGGCCGUCCUUGUUAUCGGAAUUCCAGCCUGGGAACGAAAGGUCGCAGGAGUUGCACGCCCGAGGGGAAACACAUCCUUAUCUUCCUGACCUGAGCAAGCAGUCGGAAAUGGAGUUCAUUGAGACGAAACGGCCCCGGCUGGAGCUGCUACAAGAGCCGCUGCUGAGGCACUCUCCUUUGCUCAGCCAGAGUCAGCAGGGAGGGACGGAGGAUCUCUCUGAGGAUCGAGGCAUAACCGGAAAACUGGAACCAGUUUCUCCAGUCAGCCCUGUCCAUCCUGACUCUGAACUGGAUCUGUUACCAUCCAGGCUGUCCAAGGAGGAGCUGAUCCAGAACAUGGACCGGGUCGAUCGCGAAAUCACCAUGGUGGAACAGCAGAUCGUCAAACUGAGAAAGAAACAGCAACAGCUGGAGGAGGAAGCAGCCAAGCCGCUAGAGCCUGAGAAGCCCAUCUCGCCUCCGCCGAUUGAGUCCAAGCAUCGCAGUCUGGUCCAAAUCAUCUAUGACGAGAAUCGGAAAAAAGCAGAAGCUGCCCACAGAAUACUAGAAGGGCUGGGUCCUCAGGUGGAGUUGCCGCUGUACAACCAGCCUUCAGACACGAGGCAGUACCAUGAGAACAUUAAAAUAAACCAGGCAAUGAGGAAGAAGCUGAUUUUAUAUUUCAAGAGGAGAAAUCACGCCCGUAAACAGUGGGAACAGAAAUUCUGCCAGCGCUAUGACCAGCUGAUGGAAGCCUGGGAGAAGAAAGUGGAGCGCAUCGAAAACAACCCCCGACGCCGAGCCAAGGAGAGCAAAGUACGCGAAUAUUAUGAGAAACAGUUUCCGGAGAUCCGGAAGCAGAGGGAAUUGCAGGAGCGCAUGCAGAGCAGGGUAGGACAGAGGGGCAGUGGCCUCUCCAUGUCUGCGGCACGCAGCGAACACGAGGUGUCAGAAAUUAUUGAUGGGCUCUCGGAACAAGAGAAUCUGGAGAAACAGAUGCGCCAACUCGCAGUCAUCCCGCCCAUGCUGUACGAUGCCGAGCAGCAACGCAUCAAGUUCAUCAACAUGAACGGCCUCAUGGACGACCCCAUGAAGGUCUACAAGGACCGCCAGGUGAUGAACAUGUGGAGUGAACAGGAGAAAGAGACCUUCCGAGAAAAGUUCAUGCAGCAUCCAAAGAAUUUUGGUCUCAUCGCUUCCUUUCUGGAGAGGAAAACGGUGGCUGACUGCGUCCUCUACUAUUACCUGACCAAGAAGAAUGAGAACUAUAAGAACCUGGUGAGAAGGAAUUACCGGAGGCGGGGGAAGAACCAGCAGCAGCAGCAGCAACAGCAGCAGCAGCAGCAACAGCAGCAGCAACAGAUGCCCCGUAGCAGCCAAGACGAGAAAGAUGAAAAAGAAAAGGAGAAAGACAUGGAGAAGGAAGAAGAAAAGCCAGAAGCUGAAAAUGACAAAGAGGAACUGACAAAGGAGAAGAGCGAGGAUACAUCCGGCGAGGACAACGAUGAGAAAGAAGCUGUGGCGUCCAAAGGGCGCAAAACUGCCAACAGCCAGGGCCGGCGUAAAGGGCGCAUCACCCGCUCGAUGGCCAGCGAAGCCAACAACGAAGAGGUGGCUGCUCCCCAGCAGAACUCGGAGCUAGCCUCUUUGGAGAUGAAUGAAAGUUCUCGCUGGACGGAGGAGGAAAUGGAAACUGCUAAAAAAGGUCUUCUUGAACAUGGGCGCAACUGGUCAGCCAUUGCCAGAAUGGUGGGAUCCAAGAGCGUCUCACAGUGUAAAAAUUUCUACUUCAACUACAAGAAAAGACAGAAUCUGGAUGAGAUCCUACAGCAGCACAAACUGAAAAUGGAGAAAGAAAGGAACGCUAGGAGAAAGAAGAAGAAAAACCCCGCCGUCCAAAACGAGGAAGCUGCCUUCCCACCCGCAGCCGAAGACGAGGAGAUGGGUCAAGACGGGUCGGGCACCAGUGGCAACGAGGAGGAGAUGGCCGAGGAGGCAGAAGUUGCAGUAAAUAACAGCUCGGACACAGAGAGCCUCCCUUCUCCAAGACCUGAAGCCAAAGAAAAUACAGAAAACGGGCACAAACCAAUCCCCGAGCCCAGAGACGAUGCUGGAGAUGAACCGGCUGUCAAGAUGGAGGAAACCACGGGUUCCCCAGAAGCAACUCCCGUAGAGCCUACCGCCCAACCGUCUGAGGAGUCAGCCGCUGAACUAGCUUGCGGCGAAGAGAAGCCACAAGAAGAACAAGCAGUCGAUGUGGUGAAAACGGAGGAGAUGGACGAAAAGCCCCCAAACCCUGAGCCUACCAAGGGUGACAUCAAAAUGGAGGAGGUGGAGGACUGUCAGGAAAAGGACGCGGCCAGUGACAAGAAGAGCAGCAGCAAUAGUGUGGUCACUGAGACUGAGGGCGCACCCAAGGCUGAGAAGAAGGAGAACCACAAAGCUGGGAAAACUGGCGGUGCUAAUACGGACAGUGACUCCAGCGCCACUUGCAGUGCCGAUGAAAUGGACGAACAGGAUGCUGGAGACAAAAACAAGCUGCUCUCCCCCCGGCCCAGCCUCCUCAACGCGACCAACGACGCCCGGCUCAGCUCCUCGCCUCAGAAGCCGCUGGACUUGAAACAGCUGAAGCAAAGAGCGGCCGCCAUCCCGCCCAUUAUUUCCGAAGGUUUGCUGGAGGGAGCGCUGCAGAGCGGCAGCGCGAAGCCUCAGGUGCCUCAUCACGCGUUGGCCCUUUACCAGCAGCAGAUCACCAUCGCCCACGAGUCUGCGCGGGAAGACGCGGCGCAGAGCAAGCAGUUGCAGCAGCAACAGGCUGAGAAGGAGCCCCCGCCAAGCAGCAGCCCCAGGGCCCAGAGCAGGAGCCCUGCUGCUGUGGAUAAAGAAGCGAAACCAAUGCAUUUCACCUCCCUUCCAGAGGGACAGAAGUUGUGUGGAGAACCAGGCAUCGCAACCUGUUGGCCUCCGGUACUUCCUUACCAAGGGUCAUCAAGGGACGUGAUCCAAACCUCUCCGCAUGCUGAACCCCACGUCUUUCAGUACAACCCCCCAGGUCACCCAAUCUCCUUAAAUGUGCAUGAAAGUUCGCGGCCCAGCCUCCAAAGGUUGUCUGCCAUCUCCAACCCUCCCCCGCUCAUCUCCACCAAACACCCCUCCGUUCUCGAACGGCCCCUCAGCUCUAUUUCCCAGGGUGUGCCUCUCCAGCUCCAUGCUCCAUUCAGCUCUGAGCACGCGAAAGUCCCCAUUGCCAUGGGCCUGCCGUUGACCAUGGACCCCAAGAAGCUAGUACCUUUUCCCGGGGUGAAGCAAGAGCAGCUGUCGCCAAGGAGCCAAGCUGGUCAACCUGAAAACUUGGUUGUGCAGACGUCGCAGGAGAGUUCUGUCCUUCGGGGUACAUCCUUGGGCUCACUGUCUGGAGGCAGUAUUACAAAAGGCAUCCCCAGCACAAGGCCGCCUUCAGACUCUCCCAUCACGUAUCGAGGAUCCAUCACACAUGGCACUCCAGCCGAGGUGCUGUACAAGGGAACCAUUACCAGGAUAAUCGGAGAAGACAGCCCCAGCAGAGCGGAGAAAGUGAGAGACGAUGCCUUGCCCAAGGGACACGUCAUUUACGAGGGGAAGAAGGGACACGUCCUGACCUACGAUGGCGGUGUGGCUGCUGCGCAGUGCCCCAAAGAGAACAGCAGAAACGCCGGAGCCCCCCACGAGACCACCAGCACGAAGCGGACCUACGACAUGAUGGAAGGGAGGGUCCCGCGGGGCUUAUCUGGGCGUGAGCUGUCUUCUGCCAGCAUAGAAGGUCUAAUGGGCCGGGCCAUCCCAUCAGACAGACACAGCCCCCUCAACCUAAAAGAGCCACAUCAUAUCCGGGGCUCCAUCACGCAAGGAAUCCCUCGGUCCUAUGUGGAGGCCCCCGAGGACUACCUCAGAAGAGAAGCCAAACAGCUCAAGAGGGAAAGCCCGCCACCGAGGGACUUACCCGAGGCCUACAAGGUCAGGCCUCACGACAGCCUCACCCCUUUGAAAAUGAAAGCGGUUCACGAAGGCCUCGUUGCCACGGUGAAAGAAGCAGGAAGAUCGAUCCACGAGAUCCCCCGGGAGGAGUUGAGGCGCACACCUGAUGUCUCUCUGAUGAGCAGGCCUGUAAAAGAAGGGUCUAUUACCCAGGGUACCCCGCUGAAAUAUGACAGCAACGCUUCAGCAAGUGCCAAAAAGCAUGACGUCCGGUCCAUUAUCGGCAGCCCCGGGAGGACUUUCCAUCCCAUGCAUCCUCUGGAGGUCAUGCAAGACCCAAGGACUCUGGAAAGAGCUUACGAGGAGAGCUUGAAAAGCCGGCCCAGCCCCGUGGCCAACGCUGGCGGCUCCAUCACCAGGGGAGCCCCUGUGAUCGUGCCUGAGCCGGGGAAGCCUCGCCACAGCCCACUCGCCUACGAGGACCACCAGGCAGCCCACCAGGCUGCGUUCGGCAGCCACUUGCACCGAGGGUCCCCGGUGUCCACGAGGGAGCCAACCCCCAGGCAGCACGAAGGGAGCAUCACUUCUGGAAAGCCUGUGUCUCAGGACAGAAAGAUCACCCCGACACCCAGAGAAAUCGCCAGCUCCAAGUCCCCUCAUGCUACCCUUGCGGACCACCACCAUCCCAUCUCUCCAUAUGAGCACCUUCUCCGGGGAGUGAGCGGGGUGGACCUCUACAGAGGACACAUUCCAUUGGCCUUCGAUCCGGCUGCCAUCCCCAGGGGAAUCCCCCUGGAAGCAGCAGCUGCUUAUUACCUGCCGAGGCACCUUGCUCCCAGCCCGACGUACCCCCACCUCUACCCGCCAUACCUCAUCCGUGGCUACCCGGACACUGCCGCCAUGGAGAACAGGCAGACCAUCAUCAACGACUACAUCACCUCCCAGCAGAUGCACCACAAUGCUGCCACCGCCACCGCGAUGGCCCAGAGGGCGGACCUGCUUCGUGGCCUGUCUCCACGGGAGCCCUCCCUGGCCCUCAACUACGCAGCAGCAGGAAUAAUCGACCUGUCUCAAGUGCCACAUUUGCCCGUGCUUGUUCCCCCCACCCCUGGCAGCUCCGCCGCCUCCAUGGACCGCAUCACGUACAUCCACAGCGCCCCCCAGCCUUUCAGCAGCCGACACAGCAGCUCCCCUCUCUCUCCAGGAGCCCACGCACACUUGACCAAGCAGACGGGACCUUCGGUUUCCGAACGGGAGCAGGAACGAGACCGCGAAAAGGAGCGCAAGAAAUCAGUCUUAGCCGCCGCUGCCGCCACCGUGGAGCACGCCCCCAUCUGGAGACCAGGCACGGAACAGAGCAGCGGCCGUUCGCCGGCGCACUCCCACAACCACAAACACUCCCCCGUCUCGCCCCGCACCCAGGAGAACGUCCAGCAGCGCCCCAGCGUGUUGCACAAUACCAAUAUGAAGAUGAUCUCCUCGGAGUGCCACGCCCCCUCCGUUUUGCGAUGCUCCUCCUCCACCACCACCACAUCACCAGUUCGCUCUUCGGGCUACUCCUCAGCACCCUCAAUGCGCAGCUCCGUAAGUGGCAUGGAUAGCUACACAUCCGUGAUGGAAACGGCCCACAUACAGAAGGAGGCCUCCAGGGUCCAAGACGCUAAAACAGAGCGGCCUCAGACUGACAACCACCUGUUCACCUCAAAGCUGCCCACUGGGGCAGGCCUAGAGCAGUCGCCUUCGCCCAUUAAAGCCAUGGAGCCCAGGACUUUGCCCUCCUCUGGGCCGGGUUCGGCCCACCUGUAUAGCAGAGGACAGGGGAAAAGCCAGCCUCAGCAUCACGCGCCCCUGGACCAGUCGCUGCACGCAGUUUCGGCCAGUGAGCAGCAGCAGCAGCCCGGUAGAGAAAAGAGUAAAACCUUUUCAGUGCAGGAACAGGAGCUCCGAGCACUCGGUAAGACCACCAUGACAGCGGCCAGCUUCAUAGAUGUGAUUAUCAUGCGUCAAAUUUCUUGCGAUAAGGGGAAGCGAGAGAGAAGCUCGCUAAGUAACAACGCCAAUAGCGAUGGUUUCUCUGGGAGCUACAGCCCCAAUGACAUUGAACCCAUAAGCCCUGUGAACUCACCCAGCAUGCUCCAUGAAAAAGGGGCAAAGCUGUCCCAGGAUAUGGAAAAAGGGCGUGGCGGUGGAGAGCAUGAGCUGCGGACAAAGCAGCCAGGUUCCCUCAAGCCUUCUGGAACAGAAAUCUCACACAUGCAGCAACUCCACCAGCUACCCGAAGGCCGGCAGUCCCCAGGCCAGCCUUACCAGGGUUCCCAGAACGCCAAAGGCCACCAGCGAGUCGUCACCCUAGCUCAGCAUAUCAACGAAGUCAUCACGCAAGACUACACACGCCACCAUCCCCAACAGCUCAACUCCCAUAUCCAGAACCCAGUGUACCCCUACGCAGGGACUCCCUGCCCCGUGCUGGAUCUCCGACGAACACCCAGCGAAGCUUAUAUGCAGCAGCAGCAGCAGCAGAUGGAGCAUUUCCGCACUUCAAGGAUCUCCCCGGAAAGUGAAGGAAGCAAAAGGUCUCCUGAGCAAAUCAAAGCACCUGCUUCCGACAACUGCAUUGAACCCAUCUCUCCGCCGGACGGAAUGGGGGAACCCGAUCACAUGCGAAAUGCCACGUAUCCCAUCCUCUAUCGAGAAGGCGAACCGCUGGAUCAAAGGAUGGGCUCCAAAUCUCCAGGAAACAACGUCCAGCCGCCGGCCUUCUUCAGCAAACUGACAGAGAGCAAUUCGACCAUGGUGAAAAACAAGAAGCAAGAGAUCAUCAAGAAACUCAGCACAAAUAAUCGGAGCGAGGCAGAAUACAAUGUUGGACAACCUGGAACAGAGAUUUUCAACAUGCCGGCCAUUACCGGAACAGGGUUAAUCAGUUGUAGGAGCCAGUCGGUCCAAGAAAAUUCCAGUACCAACAUGGGGUUGGAGGCAAUUAUUAGGAAGGCCCUAAUGGGAGGAGGGAAGCCAAAGAUUGCUGCCAAAGCAAACAGCCGCAAGGCGAAGUCGCCAGGACCGGGCCUGUCCUCCACCGAGAGGCCGCCGUCCGUGUCAUCCGUUCACUCAGAGGGAGACUGUAACAGGAGGACACCUCUCACCAGCCGCGUCUGGGAGGACAGGCCAUCGUCUGCAGGCUCGACGCCGUUUCCCUACAACCCACUAACCAUGAGGCUUCCGACUGGCAUCGUGACUGCCCCGCCGCCGGCCGCCUCCAUUCCACAGGGCAACCCCAACAGCCAGCACCACGGGUGGGAGGAAGAGCCCAAACCGCUGCUCGUCUCGCAGUACGAGACCCUCUCGGACAGUGAAUGAAAGGAGAGAGGACGCAAGACGAAGGGGGGGAAACCAAUCACAACAAACAAAUCGACCGGGUGGCUGCCAGGCCAGCCGGAGCUUGGGGACUCUGGCUGGCUGUCGCAGGCCGUGGCUGGCCUGGGCCAGGGCCAGGAGCAGCACUGCUCCAGUCAGCUGUUACUUUUUGUCACAUCUGGAAGGGGGGAAUUGAAAAUCUCUUCAGUUUAAAGCCUUAAAAAACAACAGCAAGCAAACGGAACCCACGCCAAUCCUCUCUCCCAAUGUGGUGCUGAUUAUCUUGAGCUAUUGUGGCAAGAAAUGUAACCAAGUCAAUGUGGAGGGGCAGGUGGGGAACCUUAGUGGUCCCCCGAGGGACUCCAGCCAGUCACCGAAUCUCAGUUACUAAUACUCAGGGGAUUCCCAUCUGCUGCACCAAUUCUGCCCUUCAGCCCAGCUGAGAGAGAGGAAGCCCCCUAGGAGAAGACGGUGUGUUUGGUUUGCAAAGCCCUGGUGUGCGCUUCUGGCGUGUUCCCACCUCCAUAGCACAUCCUCCUUUGUGCACACUGUUGUGGCCUGUUAAUCCAGUACUUGAAAUAGGAUCCAUUCAACCACCCGUCCCCUUACCUCCUGUUUUGUCAUUAUGAGGGGGCUGCACCAGUGGAAUUGCGGGUUGGACCUGUAGGGAAAUGAAGAAGGGAGACCCUCUGGGAGGAAAGAUUUGGUUUCUUCUGUUUCUCACAGCUAACUACAUGCAUCCAUAGAAACGUAAUGGAAAUGCCUUGCCCAGCUGAACUUUCAAUAAAUAGGAGUCAGGCAGUAACGCUUUGGAUGCAGGGCACAGGCCGUGGGGUCGGAGGACCCCCUUUCCCCCCCCCCAAUAAAUAUUUCCUUUGGAGAAAAGAAUGCUGGGUUUGAAUAGUAAUGGGAAAGAAUUCCUCCAUGUGUAGCCUUUUGGCUGUAGAUGGAGGGCAGGCAGGGGAGGGGAGGCAGCUGUUUUGAGUACAUUGUUCCUUAAAACAGUGCUAAGUAUAUGGUCUACAGGGUAUAUUUUUGAUACCUUUGGCAAAUGACGCCAGAUUUUUUUUUGCGCAAGGAAGGACUUAUAAAAACAGUGUUAUAUGCUGCUUUUCAGUCUCCGCUCCUGUACAAAGAGGAUUUCUAUGUUGCGUGCAAGCUUUUGAUGGGUUUGUCCAUUGUAUGGAAAUGUCAAGAGGUAACUAUGUCCCAACAAAAUGGUUCUGUAAUUCAGUAGAAUGUAUUAACUUAGGUUUUGUUUUUGUUUGUUUUUUUAAAAAAGAAGAAGUAUAUAUAUAAUAUAUUAUAUAUAUAUAAAAAUAUAGUCACAACUGCAGGGCCCUUAUCGCAUAUAGUAACACUCCAGCGUGGAGAGGACAUUACUUUUCAAGUGAAUUUGUCUCUUUUGGGAGGGGUGAGAGAGGCUAAGACACUUGCAGGAAAGUUUAAACAUGUAUUUUUCUGACCCACCCACAAUGCUCUGUUUUCUAUAUUUGUGGGUGGGUGUUUUUCCCCCCCUAAUCCAUUCUGUGAUGCUGUCAGACUUUAAACCAUGUGAGCAUGGAUACAAUUCAAAGCAUAAAAAAGAAGUUUUCCUUCUUCCUCCAUGCUUUUCCCCUUCUCUCCUCCUUUUUGCACGCUAGAAGAGCGGCUAUAAAGUAGUGUUAAAUGUUUUUCAUUCUGUGCACCAGAGGGAGACGAUCUGGACAGCAGCGUCUCUGCUGGAACAGACAACAGUCCUGUUAUCGUAGUAAGUAACUCCAGCCAGCAUCCAGGAAAUGGGCAAUAUCACACUCUCAGUGUUGUUGUAUCAUGUAAGUUUUAAUCUACAGCGAGGUUUGCUGUUUUGUUUUCCUUCCGAUCUUCUACACUUCCUACCAGUUCUUAUGACGGAGCAGCUGCUUGGUUCGUGUUACCGUACUUUAAAGACACACAUACACACGUGCACACAAACACGGAUUCCUAUGCUACCCAGGCGGUAAAGCUUGUGUGUUUUGAGUGCUUGAACAAAGACACAGGUUCUGUGUAAGAACAUCUGAUGAGAGAAUCCAUCCUGUUUCCAACAUGAUGAUACUGCAGCUUUCUGAUACCCAAACCCUUACCCCAAAGGAGUCACAGUUAAUUCUGUCAGGAUGUCACUUCCUCGCCUCCGGUCUUAAGGGUUGCCAACUGUUAGACUGCUUAACCACAAUGCCUUAGCAAAAGGCGUCUGGGAAAAGAUCUAGCGGCAGAUAGACUGUGAAGAGAAUGGGCAGGAAGUUGAACAAAUUAAAACGCAGAGCUGCAGGGUGGAGUAGGAGCCGCAUAGCAGUGCAUUGAUGUGCCUUUCCAUGUGCUGCUUCCUCUUUUUGAGGGAUAGCACAACGGUGAUGCUUAGCUCGGGGCACCCGUGGCUUGCAGGGGAUUAAAAGAGCAGACUCGCCCUUCCAAAAUGAACCUUGUGUGUCAUGCCCCCCCCCUUCAAAUUUUGCUCUGUACGCAAUUUGGAAAUGCUAUUUAAAUUCAGUGUCAGGGAAACAAAAUUUGAGCCCACACCAGAAGGUAGAUAGAAACUGCCCCAAGCUUGCACAUUCUACCACAGGCCUCGGCUAGAUGCUGUACCCUGAAUCUGUUUGCCCUGCAUUUUUCUAGAAGCCUGCUUGAGGGUACAGAAAUUCUUACUGGACAGAAAAAUACGGUUGCUCAGAAUCAUGUGCGUACUUUUCCCCUCCAUGCCUUUUCUCUGCGUAUUGCACUCCACUUUGUCUGCAUAGACAGUGAAAUAAUUGGUUCCUUUGCCCUCACCUCAUCUGUGCUUAUCGAAAGAACCAUUACUCUGAACCAUAAGUGGCAGAUUUCUUAGAGAAUAAAAUGACCACCGAAUUUCCGCUAGUACCGUGAUGCUUCUGGACACUACUUCUUUACACAUUGUUUUAUCAUUUUAUGCAAACUGCUUUUGAGUGUUUUUAGCAGAAAAGUGGUUAAUAAAUUUUAUACCGAAAUAUAAUUAGCCACAUGUGCCUAGAACAGUCUUGCGAGAAUGGCAGCAAUGCAUGCUUCGUCAGUCUUAGCAAGAGAAGAGAUGAAACCUGAGGUUUUGCAACCUUGGGUUAGUUAAUGCAAUUUAAUCACAGUUCUGUGUCACAAGCGCUGCAGUUUGUAGUAGUGAAACUCCCAGUGGCAAAAUGCCCACCAGCUCCACGUAGACAAGGAAGGAGAUUCUCCUAAUCUCUUGACUGCCCAAGAUGGGGCCAAAACAACCGGAUGAGAAUAGCUGCAAGUUAGUAACACAGGUGCAGUUCCUGCCAGGAAUUGUUCAGUAUAAUUGACUAUCAGUGUUAAUUCCAAAAAGACCUCUCUCCUGCUAUCAAUUCAAUUAGGUUAAAUCUAUAGUUCACUCUUACAGAAUCAGUUUCAUUUGCAGACAAAUAAUCAUGGAAAAACAGAAAAUGUCUCCCCUAACAAGUAAUGUGUCCCAGUAAUAGACAAAACAACAGCUAACAUUCUCUCUGGGAAACACUUUCUUCAUUAUUUCGUCUGUCGCUGCUUCAAAUCAAUAUUAGCAAUAUUGAGGUCACCCCAGUAAGUUUUGCAUGCAACUUCCCUGCUUGAUCACUGCCAUUACUUUUCAGAUCUAUUCAAAGCUAUUCAAUCCAUAGGGGCAGCCUACACAAUGUUUGUACCUGUGUAAAUGUCAUCUCCAUGCUGUGCCAUGUGCAGAGUGUUUAUUUUGCAACAAGUGCACAGGUCAGGAAACUAAUGUGUGUGAUAGCUUCUUGACUUGUACUCUCGUGGCCAAAUAAAUGCCUGUGUUGCAUUUCAUACACACUGCUCUCUACAGUAAAAUCAUGUAAGACAAAACAUUAUGUAAGGUAGGCACAACUUCCUGUAUACUUUAGUCAACAUCUUCAGAAAACUUCACUGAUUCAGAUCCCCCCCGUUUCAAAACAAAACAAAAACAGACCAUAUUUUUGUGCACUUCCCAUCCAUAACCAUCAUAGCCUUGUCCACAGCAGAACCAUUUGCGCAGAUCAGACAGGAUUUGCUCACCACCACCUUCGUUAGACCAUGCUGCAUUUCUGCUGCUUCACCUAGUCUUUCCUUGACUGAAGACAUUCACAAUUUUGGAACGCAAUGCCAUAUGCCUCUCUUGCCCGCUGCUUGUAAGUUGAAGUCAUGUGUACAUUCCACAAAGGGGAUUUAGGAACAGCCCCCUCCUCCCUUCCAAAAGGUUAUUCCCACAUUACCAGACGUUGUACAUUCUCUGUACGUGUGUGUGUGUGUGUAUAUAUAUUUAUAUAUACUCUUGGGUUCUGUGUAUGCAUAUUAUUCCAUUUGUGUGUGCAUGUAUAACAGGUACAUACACACAUAUUCUUGUGCCUGAAUCAAUGGCCUGGCACAUAUCCAUGUGCGUGCAUGCAUGCACAAGCCAGUUCGGUAAAACUUAACUCACUUCAGUUCAACCAAAUGCAGACAAGUGUCGUCCCAUUGACUGUUAGCUCUACAUAAGGUGAGCACCAACCACUGUGUGUUAGCUUCAAAGGAAAGCCAUCCUUCAUACACAACUGUCUGCAGAAUUUGUGUCGGUUUUAGUGACAUAUAGUUCUCUAUUGUGCUACCUGCUAUGAUUUUUUUAAUUGUGCAAUCAAGAAAAAAAAGGAAGUUAUGUUAAACUAUUAAAGUUUGAAGUGUUACCAACUUUGUAAUUUGUACAAACACACACACACAAAAAGGUUUAAAGGACAAUUUUAUUGUUUGAACUGUACAAGGGGGGUGGGUGGGCGGGAGAAGAAAUCUCUAUCUUUUGUACAACCAAAUUGUGCAUAGCUGUUUCAAAGCAAGUUGUAUGAUAGAACGGCCUGUACAUAGAAAAUGCUGAGUUGUAAAUAUUUAUGCAGCUUGCUCGAAAGGGUUGGGUUUGUUUGUUUUUUUCUUCUACUGAAAGCGGUUUUGUUCACUGUUGUUUUUGUUUUGUUUUGCUCUACAUGCCCACUACGCAAGCAUUGUGGGUUUGCAGUGUCAGAGCACUGCCUUACUGUUUAAAUAAUAAAAAAAGAGGGGGAAAGCUUAUUGCCAGCAAAA